CCACCCCCGCCCCCAACACCCCGCUCCCCGCCGCGCAUGGCGGCGCCCAGUCUGCGGGCGGCGGCCGGGGCCCUGCGGAGAGCCUGCGGAGCGUGGAGCCCGCGCCUGGGACGGCGUCUGCUCUGCUCGCCCCCCAUGGCCGGGAACGUGCAGGCCCCCGCCCCCGUGGGCGCAGCGCGGGAGCAGGACCGGAAGGCCCGGAGCGGCUGGCAGGGCGGGGCGCGGGUCUGGGAGGACGCGGAGCAGCAGGCCAAGAAGCUCAGGAGCAGUCCGGACGGGGAGCUGCAGAGGAAGCUGCCCAAGCGGAAGAUCGUGCUGCUCAUGGCCUAUUCCGGGAAGGGCUACCACGGCAUGCAGAGGAACGUUGGGUCCUCACAGUUCAAGACCAUCGAAGAUGACUUGGUGUCUGCUCUGGUCCUGUCGGGUUGUAUUCCUGAAAAUCACGGCGAAGACAUGAGGAAAAUGUCCUUCCAACGGUGUGCCCGGACAGAUAAGGGCGUGUCGGCGGCCGGCCAGGUCGUGUCCCUGAAGGUGUGGCUGAUAGACGACAUUUUAGAAAAGAUCAACAGCCACCUUCCGCCUCACAUCCGGAUCCUGGGACUGAAGAGGGUCACGGGCGGCUUCAACUCCAAGAACAAGUGUGACGCUAGGACCUACUUCUACAUGUUGCCCACGUUUGCCUUCGCCCACAAGGACCACGACGUGCAGGAUGAGAGCUACCGGCUGAGCGCGGAGACGCUGCUGCGCGUGAACAGGCUCCUCGCCUGCUACAAGGGCACGCACAACUUUCACAACUUCACCUCGCAGAAGGGGCCCCGUGAGGCCAGCGCUCGGCGCUACGUCCUGGACAUGUUCUGCGAGGAGCCUUUCGUGCGGGACGGCAUGGAGUUCGCGGUGAUCAAGGUGAAGGGGCAGAGCUUCAUGACGCACCAGAUCAGGAAGAUGGUCGGCCUGGUGGUGGCCAUCGUCAAGGGCUACGCCCCCGAGAGCGUGCUGGAGCGCAGCUGGGGAGAGGCGAAGGUGGACGUGCCCAAGGCGCCAGGGCUCGGCCUGGUUCUGGAGCGUGUGCACUUCGAGAAGUACAACCAGCGCUUUGGCAAUGACGGGCUCCACGAGCCGCUGGACUGGUCGCGGGAGGAGGCGGGGGUCACGGCGUUCAAGGAACAGCACAUCUACCCCACCAUCAUCAGCACCGAGCGCCACGAGCGGUCCAUGGCCCAGUGGCUGAGCACCCUGCCCGUGCACGACUUCAACGCCACCGCCCACACCGCAGCCUGCCCAGAUGCCAAGGUGGGGGCUGGGGCUGUGGGGCUGGAGGCUGGGGCUCCGGGGAGGCCGCAGGCCCUCCCUUCCAGGCGCUCGGAUGAGCUUGUCACCUGCUGCACUUGGGCAUCCUCGCAUCUGUUGUGCAGACGAGCAGGCCGAGGCGCAGGGGGUGUGUCAGCCUUUAGGGGUCACACAGCCGGGGAUGAGCUGGGGCAGGGCAUGGGACCAAGUGGCUGGUGGCCCCACAGUGCUGCUUGUGUGCACUCCCCUCUCUGUGCCUGGUGACCUUGGACAGAGGCCGGGCUGGGUGGUCUGCAUUUCUAUUUGUGGGACAGCGCUGUGAGGACGAACACUGUGGGGUCCUCAUGUGUCUGUUGUCACACCUGCUCUGGAACGUGGGCUCCCUUAAGAGAGGCAUGCAGGAUGCUUGGCGGCCACCCCAGGAGGCUGCUCUCUGACGCGCCCUCCUGCUAGGGCCGCGGCUCCUGGUGGGUCGUCCCUGCCAGUGGUAGUGUUAGGAGGAGGGCGUGUGUGCGAGGCGCUGGAGCUCAGCGUAGUCUGCGGCAGGAGGUCUUUUCCUAGGCCGGAAGACGUCCCUGAGCCUGGGUUCUCCACUCGCCCAGCAGCUCUCCACAGGCGCAGUCCCACCUGGAGUGCUGGGACAGUGCUUCCCAUCGUCUACACGCCAGAAACACGUGCUUCCUCCUGCACGCAUGGGUUGUAAACUCACGCACGCAGGUGAGGCGAGCCAGCCAGGUGGGCCAGGUGUGGAAGAGCAGGUGUGCAGGCAGGAUGACGGCGGGCAGCGGCAUGGGCGGUGACAGGGAUUGGACAGUGGAGACGGGAGUUCUCCUGCUCUGUCUCAGGGCCACGGUGGG